AUGUCGGAUUGGAUGGGAAGACUGCCCUGUUUUGUGAAGAAGAAGGCGUUUUGUAUGCUGGCCAUUCCGGGCUCGCAUGAUUCGGGAGCAUUCUGGUUCAAUCUUCCACUUGGAUACGCUCACGAUCAAGCAUUCAUUGAUUACGUGAGACGAUUCAAAUGUAUGCUCAUAAAGAACAUUUUCAAACGAUGGGGACUCACUCAAAAUUUAACAAUUGUGGAGCAGCUUGAAAAUGGAAUCCGAUUUUUUGAUCUUCGCCUGGAGUUGGCUCUGGAUGAAAGGUGCUUUGCGCAACCAGAAGUCGAACAAGACCCAAACGAUCCAGUUAGAAAGAGCUGCUUCAUCGUACACGGACUGUACGGAACCGAUUGGCUCAAACUCGUUCAUCAGAUUGUUUCUUUUCUCGCAAUUCACACGGAGGAGGUGAUAAUUUUGAAUGCCAGUCACACCUACCGCAUGGAUGAUCAACACUUCCGCCGAUUCUUCCUCCACCCGCUAAAAAGAGUCGCCAGCAGAUUCCAAAUUGGACUUUGUAGCACAAAAGUCGAUCUUCGAACUAUUACCUUAGAGGAGCUCUUGUGCAACAACUUCCGCAUUAUCGUUGUUGGACCGAAAGACCAGGAUGUUGAUGAUAUUUGCUUUCGAUCCGCAGCCAUCCAAAACAAAUGGCCAAGAAAAAACAAUGCAGCCGAUAUUCUUACGUUUUUAAAAGCUGAGAUUCAUGCUCCAAUCACUCCAGGACUCCGUGUGCUUCAAGGAGUUAUUACUCCAAAACUCUCGGAUGUUAUUCGAAACUUUCGCAAUUCGCUGCGAACUAUGUUUUCUAUGCCACUACGUGGGUUGAUCAAGGAAUGGCUUGCUGGGUUGGAUGAGGAGGAAGCUGGACUCAUGAAUAUCAUAAUCACGGAUCAAGUAGAUACAGAGUUUUGCCGUCUGGCCUACUACUUAAACGUAACCGAUUGUCCAGAUCAUUCACUUGACGAUCAAAGAAACCCGCACCUAGACACUAAUCCAGUCGUCAACGAUAUACCAAAGGACAUAAUUUCAUCACCACGUCUACAGUUAAUUGAAACCAAAAAUGGGAUUGCACCACCUGCUAGGAGAUACAGCGAGCCAGAAUUCCUUAUAGAAGAAAUUUUCGAUGACGAACUAUCCACAUCUUCUGAUGCUCCAAAAAAACCGAUUCGUGCUAGUGUGAUGAUCCAGCAAAUUGAGAUGGUUCCAGCGAAUCAAAUGGACGGAAGAUGUAGCUCUCCAGUUUCUCCAGUUCCACCACCAAAGCCAAGACGACAUACUCAACGUAUUCCCUUCGUGAUGGAGGUGGAGCCAAUACCAGAUGACGUUAUGCCGUGCCGAUCGAUCACCCGAGGUCCGAUGUCUAGACCAACCGGUACUCCGGUUCGCAUUGCACUUCCUGUAACUGCGGAAGAACUGAGAUUGGCUGCUCUGGGCGAGUAUCCACCAUACGGAUCGGGAUUCUUUUAUCGAGUUGUUAGCAAGAAGGAAGGGUCAAUAACUGAAGGAUCAAUUUUUGAAGACACAAUAGUAGACGGCCCUCAGGAGCUAGCUCUACCAGCUUCGACGACAUCACUGUCCUAUGCUGAGGAAUGUGAGGCUUCAGCCGACGAAUCCUCUCCACUCAUCUCCACCGAGAUUGAGCAUAUGGUCGAGAACCUUGUCAUCAAUUCUACCCUGGACGCUAUGGACAACUUGGCUGGACGUUUCCAAAAAUACUCUGAAUAG